AUGGCGAAACAGAUCAAGCUGUUCUUGAUCCGCCAUGGCGAGACGGUGGAUAAUGUCGCUCAAGUCUACGCCGGGAGCAAGGACUCAGAGCUCACCAACCAUGGCUACCAGCAAGCCACUCGUCUAGGCCAGCAUUUCAAAUCCUUGGGGCUCUCCUUCACGCACAUCUUCUCUUCCCACCUUCAGCGGGCUGCGAAAACGGCUGCCUUGAUUCGGCAAGCUCAGGCCGCCGUUUCGACCGACGAUGAUUCUGCACAAACGGUGCCAGACGUCGCACAGCUCCCCGUGCUUAUGGAGCAGGACUUUGGCUUCUUUGAGGGGAAGAAGUGGCACGCAAGGCCGGCAGAUUCGGGGCUGAGCGGAAAAGAGCAACACCGUCAGGCGCAUAAGGACACGGAAGGAUUUGUGGACAUUGAGUCGAAGGAGUCAAUGGCACAACGUGUCGACAGCUUUCUUGAUGCACAUCUGUUGCCGCUGUUGCAUAAUUCGACAGAGCCGGCGAACCAUACGGUUGCCGUGGUCUCGCAUGGGAUCAUCCUGUCUGUCCUCUGGAAGCGCCUUCUGCUGCGAUUGCCACCGAGGAGCGUGGCAUUGUCCCCGGAACUUGCUGCCACCACCCGUGUUUCCCUCGAGCACCUGGGAGGUUGGUCGAAUACCGGCUACUUGGAAUUAAAUAUGAGUAUGCCGCUCGUUCAGGAACCGAUCCUUGCAACCGAUGCGUUGCCGCCUUUGGCGCUCAAGCUACUCCCGUCGAAGCCUGUCGCAACUACUGAGACCCAGGCCAGACCUGCGCAGACCACGCAGAGUGACAUGAGUGAUACCGCUCUCGUCGCACAAAAACCUCUGGUUACAAGCACUGGCCCCGCAGCUGUGGCUACUCCGCUGCUUCCAACCAAGCUCGCUCAUGGCUGGAUGAUCGUAAUUCAGACUAUCAAUGGAAGAGAUCAUCUCAGGGGUCUCAAGCGCACUGGCGGUGGUGUUGGAAGCUCUCGCCAUGACGCUUCGCAGAAGAACAUCGACAGCUUCUUUAAACGGCGGAAGGUCGAAUAA